CCCAAACACACAAUGCUCUUGAUCUACGUGGACUAGCUUACUGUCUCCUUCUAACGUUACUGGGUUAGCUCUAGCUCGCUAGCCUCUGUGUUACUGUUAGUCAUCAUCAUCAGUCCAAGAUAGCGGACAGUCAGGAAGCCAGCGGUAAUGAAAGGAAGCAGAAAACACCCGAGAUAGCUCGAUAGAAACCGAUCUGACACCAUGUCCUGUUUAAAGGGGCUCCUCGCCAGCUGCCUUGUAUUGGCGAGUGUGAUGUCCUGGGCCAAGGCCGUGCCAAUAAGUUUAGAUAAAACUAAGGUUAAACUCGCAGAGGAAACAGUCAAAGAACCUCCCCAGAGUGCGGACACCGGACUACACUAUGACCGCUAUCUCAGAGAAGUUAUUGACUUCCUUGAAAAAGAUCAACAUUUUAGAGAAAAGCUCCACAACACAGACAUGGAAGAUAUAAAGCAAGGGAAGUUGGCUAAAGAGCUUGACUUUGUCAGCCACCAUGUGAGAACCAAGCUGGAUGAACUAAAAAGGCAAGAGGUCAGCCGUUUGAGAACCCUGAUCAAAGCCAAGCAGGACAUUGAAGGAGGGAAUGAUAUUGCGGUAGAUCACCAGGCAUUACUCAAACAGUUUGAAUAUCUGAACCACAUGAACCCGCACACAUUUGAGGUUGAGGAUCUGGACAGACUCAUCAAAUCGGCUACAAAUGAUCUGGAGAACUACGACAAGGAACGGCAUGAAGAAUUUAAAAGGUACGAGAUGAUGAAAGAGCAUGAGCGACGGGAACACUUGAAGACACUUGAUGAGGAAGACAGGAAGAAAGAGGAGGAGCACUAUGAGGAGCUGAAGAAAAAACAUGCUGAUCACCCCAAAGUCAACCACCCCGGUAGCAAGGAUCAGCUAAAAGAAGUGUGGGAGGAGGCUGAUGGCCUUGACCCUGAAGAUUUUGACCCAAAAACAUUCUUCAAUCUGCAUGACUCAAACGGAGAUGGAUUCUUUGAUGAACAAGAGCUGGAAGCCCUUUUCACGAAGGAGCUGGAGAAGAUCUAUGAUCCAACUAAUGAAGAGGACGACAUGGUUGAAAUGGAGGAGGAAAGGCUGCGAAUGAGAGAGCACGUCAUGAACGAGGUUGACACCAAUAAAGACAGACUGGUGUCCUUAGACGAGUUCCUGGUUGCCACGAAAAAAGAGUUUCUUGAACCAGACAGCUGGGAAACUCUAGAACAGAACCAAGCAUAUACUGAUGAAGAGAUGAGAGAGUUUGAGGAGCAUUUGGUCAGGCAGGAGGAAGACUUAAACCAGAAAGCUUCUGACCUUCAGAAGCAGAAGCAGGAACUAGAGCGACAGCAGGAGCAGCUCAAUGCUCAGAAAAUAGAACUACAGCAGGCUGUGGAGCAUAUGGAACGGUUGAAAACACAGAAUGACCCGUCUCCACCUGCGACGCAUUGACACCAAAAUAUUCCUCCAGAACAACAGCAGCAUCAUGCUGUACCUCCGAAUCAACAGGAUCAAGGACAGGA